ACUCAGCUUUUAUAAAUAAAUUCGAAUCGGAGAAAAAAAGUGAAGAAUUGCACCUGUGACGGUUGGUUAUCUAUGGAUACGGAUUGUGAUAACAAGUUGAGCACUAGCGUAGAUCUCUCAUAUAGGCGGGAAUUUGUUGAGAGAUAACAAUUUUUGUUACUUCGCGGCUCUUGCUACCUUUUCCUUUUUAGUCUAAAAGAUGACAAACGAUAGGAAAGAGAGCGAAGAACGUGUACUGAAGCUGAGGAAAUGCUUCAAAUCCAGGCUAAUCUGGGAAAACGAAUUGAUUGGGUUCGAUGAAGAGGCGAGGCAACUGCUUGGUACGAUGGAAAGGACUGUCGUCUCCGGGGAGAGCGACUCUGUGCUUGUCAUCGGACCAAAAGGCUGCGGAAAAACCUUGUUGGUUACAACCUGCCUGGAUAGACUAGGGGACAAGGUUGACAGUGAUGAUUACAUUGUCGUAAAAUUGCAUGGUCUUAUUCACACCAAUGACAACUUAGCACUUAAAGAUAUCAUAAGGCAAAUGCAUUUAGAUGAACUUGGCGAUGGAAUAGUAACUGGAUCUUUUGCAGAUAAUUUAUUGUUUGUGCUUCAGAGUUUGAAGUCAGGAAACAGACAGGCUACUAAGCCAAUACUAUUCAUUUUAGAAGAAUUUCAGCUUUUUUGUUCCCACAGGAAUCAAACACUUCUGUACAACUUAUUUGAUAUUGCUCAAUCUGCUCAAGCACCAAUUUGCGUAGUUGGGUUGACAUGUCGCAUCGACAUAACUGAGAUGCUUGAAAAACGCGUCAAAUCACGUUUUUCUCAUAGGCAGAUAUUUCUCUUUCCCAGUAAUAAUUUCUCAGACAGGAUUGAGAGGAUAAAACAUUAUUUAUCUUUCGCCAUGCAUCCCCGUUAUUUCAAAAUGUUUGGAAAACGCUUUGUAUCAGAUUGGAAUGAAAAUUUGGCAGACAUUCUUGAUAAGCCAAAAGUGCAGAGACUGAUUAGGCAUCAAUUGGAAAUCGACGCGAGUGAAAAAAGGCUUAAAAUGUGGAUUUUAUUGGUCAUUAGCAAAUUAUCUGAAUCAACACCAGAUUUUACUGUUUCUAUGUUUGAAGAAGUUUUGGAGAAAUUGGGCUCUGAUGCAAAAGUAGAACUGUUAAAAGAUUUAUCAGUUUUAGAACUCUGCUUGGUUAUAGCAGCAACUCAUCAUAAUGAGAUUUACGAUGGUGAGCCUUUUAAUUUUGAAAUGAUAGUCAAACAGUAUAUGAAAUUUGCAGCCAACAAUUAUUCAGUCAUUACCAAUAGGCAGAUUCUGUACAAAGCAUUUGAAAGAUUGAAAGACCUUGAGCUGAUAGCACCACUGAGCCGAACGAAAAGCUGCAAAAAAGAAUACCAACUUUUCUCACUGCUUGUGACCUCGCAACAAAUGAAAGAAGCCAUCAACACAUUCCAGGGCCUACCAACUGAUGUAUCCCAGUGGGCUACAAGCAGCUUAAAUAGUUUAUAAUGUAUAAUUCACCUUAAUUGUAUAUAUAUUUAUUUAUUUAUCUUUUACAAAUUGGUCCUGAAUUAGCGUUAAAUAUAACAAAGUACCUGUUUU